UUGGUGACAUUACCAGUGGUAUGAGCUAUGAAUCAACAACCUUCCACAUUGAACAGAAUUCCCAGCCCCUACAUUCGAAGGAACUACUCGGAUACACCAAGACUGUCAACUUUAAACAGGAAUGGGAUUCUAUUCUAAAAGAUCUUUCGCCACCGCCAAAGCAGAAAGCUUUUAAUAUCGAAACUAUGAAGACAGAACCAGUGAAGGAGUGGGACCCGUUGACAUUUUAUAACCCUGGGGAGCAUCGAAAGCCUCUCAUUAAGUGCACGGAAUGGACAGAGAAGCAAGCAAUUCCCGCACUUCUUAAGGCUGGCCUUAUUAAAGAGACUCCAAUCAUUAGCUAGGCAACUAGAAUGUAAGAGAUACAAUAGUCACAUUUUGCUGUCGAUAAGGUAUUGCAAACAAAACAAGAAACCAGUUCUG